AUGAAGGUCGGCACUGUGUACUUCCACUAUCUGCAAUGGAUACCUCUGCCCUCUGUUGCCUCCUUCAAGCAGGACCUCACGGGGAAGAACGUCAUUGUCACUGGAUCCAACGUCGGGCUAGGGCUGGAAGCCGCACGCCAUCUGGCCCGCAUGAACCCCGCCAAGCUCGUCCUCGGGUGUCGGGAUCUGGAGAAGGCAGAGAAGGCGAAGGAGAGCAUCGUCAAGAACACAGGGUGCACGACGAUCGAAUGCUGGAAGCUGGACCAGGCUGAGUUCAGCAGCGUCACUGCCUUCGCGGAUCGAUUUGAGAGCGAGGUCGGCGUUUUGGACUUGCUGAUCGCCAAUGCGGGUCUAUCCAUGGCUGGCGAGUUCCGGAAGACGCCAGAUGGCUAUGAGCAAGUACUUCAGGUCAACCACCUCUCCACUGCGCUCCUUUCUAUCCGCCUUCUCCCUUGCCUGAUGAAGGCUACCGUAGCGCCUCCCUUCCCUCGGCUCGUGAUCGUCUCCUCAGAUGUACACUACUGGGUGUACGACCUCCCCGAAGCAUCGGCGCCAAACAUCCUCGAGCUGCUUGGUUCGGAAGAGCACUGCAAGAAGGAUGGUGUUCUCGGCAAGCGCUAUAGCGUCAGCAAGCUGCUUAACGUCUUCUUCACUCGUUCCUUGGCGGAACAUAUCCCCAAGACGUCCGCGCUUACCGUCAACGCUGUGAAUCCCGGUCUGUGCCACUCGGAGCUCACAAGAAAUAGGAAGAACCCGACCUGGCGUUUCUGGUUCUGGAAGCUCGUGAACGGGCGCAGUACGGAGGUCGGGAGCAGGACGCUCCUGCAUGCGGCGUUGAGCAAAGAUAUGCAGGGCCUGACGGGGAAGUUCACUAAUGCCUGCGCUGUGGCGGAGGAGAGCGAUCUCGUUAUCAGCCCGGAGGGAAAGGUGAUCCAGGACAGGGUGUGGGAGGAGACGAAGGAGAUAUUGGAGAAGGCGGACCCGAAGGUGAAAACUGUCCUUAGCGAGUCGUUGGUAUGACCUGUAGCCGUGGUCCAUGAACAAUCGGGUUACUUUAUGUUGUCCGCAGUUCGCAACGCGUAAUAU